AUGGUAGUACAGGAGAGGAAAGACAACCUUCCUCCAAAGGGACUAAGAAAUAGAGGGAACACUUGUUUCUUCAACUCGGCAAUGCAAUGCAUUCUAUCGAUCGGCGAGCUCAACACCUUCUACAAGAACACGGAUUUCCCAAAAGAAAAAGUAAUAUCUAAUGCAUUUAAACAAUUCAUAUCGGAGUAUGAAAGUCGGGGACACAACGACCCAAAGAGUCUUAUCGAUAAGCUUAGUACAAAGAUAAAGCUGUUCAACGGGAUGCAGCAGGAUUCCCAUGAGUUUCUUAUUCAAUUCAUUGAUCUGUUGUAUACGGAAUCGGAUAGAAACAAAGGUAGAUUUGAAUCAAGAGAAGAGUUUGAGGAGGUUCGGAAACACAAUCUGAUUGCAAAGACUUUGUUUUCGAUGGAUAGACAGGUAUUAACAUGCGAAGCAUGCAGUUAUUCCUCUGUGACACUUGCUAUAAACAGCACGAUUCUUGUAGAGCCCCGUGAGACUAUCCAACUAGGAAUAGACCAGUGUUACGAAGAGGUGAAGCUUGAGGGAAAGGAUGCCUGGAAAUGCGACAAGUGUGGAAAAAAGAAGAGCUCUAAAAAGAAGAUAGAGAUUCUUGUUCAUCCCGAAGUUCUAAUAAUUCAUAUCUCAAGAUUCCAUCCACAAGGGUGGAAGAAUACAGCAAGUGUCAAUAUUGAUGACACAUUGUUUUUCAACAAUAGAAAAUACAGUCUUUUUGGGGUUGUUUGCCAGAAUGGAACUCUGAGCGGAGGACAUUAUUUUGCAGAGGCCAAAAGAUCUGGUACAUGGAAUGUGUACAAUGACGAGCAGGUGACAAAAGGCUCCAAGACCUACAGUGGAGCACAUCCUUACAUAGUUUUCUAUGCUCUUUAA